AUGGCAAGCAAUCUUGAGAGUUUAAACAUAUCACUUGCAAUUAUGCAAUUUUUUACCCAAUGGCAGAUGCAACAGAGGCAAAUUGAUGCCAGACUUUCUCAACUGAGACGAAGAAGGAGAUCAGUUGCUUGCCAAUUGAAGGCACUAAUGGAAAAAAUGUACCCACCACCCAGUUAUCUUGAGGAGGAAGAAACCAUGCCACCAGUACCAGUCAUUUCAGACGAACCAAAGCCAAAGAAAAAAAGGCCAAAAAAGAAGAAAGAAGAUGCAAGUGGCAAAAAGCCUAGAGUUUGGACAUUAACAACUGAUAACCUCUGGUUUGAGAAUACUGUCCAACAGUUUUCAGAUUUAGAAUUCUUGGAGCAAUUUCAUGUUAGUCGGAAAACUUACCACCUCCUCUGCGAACAUCUACGAGUUGAUCUCACCAAAGCAAACACAAAUAUGCGUAAAGCAAUUAGUGUGGAAAAGCGUGUUGCUGUGAGUUUAUAUAUGCUGAGUAAACCGAAAGUCUGCACGUACAGACACAUAGGCACGUUAUUCUCCAUGGGCAAAAGUACCAUCGGUGGAGCUUUGUACGACUUCAGUAAAGCAGUGUGCAAAAAUCUUUUACCACAAUACAUCAACUUUCCCUCAGAUGAAGCUUUGGUUGAAACGAAAGAAGGUUUUAAUGCCCUUAUGGGGUUUCCGGACUGCAUCGGUGUCCUCAACUUCGCUCACAUCCCCCUGUUUACGCCAUUAGGCUCAAACCUACCAACCGAGUUCUUGAACGACAAGGGUUGGUAUUCAAUGAUCUUAAUGUGUGUUACUGAUCAUCGAAAUCAAUUUACUUAUGUCAAAAGUGGUUUCCCUGGAAAACUAGAUAACUUGAGUGUAUUUAAAGAAAGCAGCUUACAUCAGCUUUCAACAGAAGGCAAACUUAUUCCUCCAGAUCAUGGCUAUCACCUUGUGGCGGGCAAUGACAUUCCCUUACAAAACUGGAUUAUGACACCAUUUGUUGAUGACGGGAACUUGAAUCACAAUCAGAAACAAUUUAAUGAAAGAAUUAAUUCUCUGCAAAACUUCUCAGAGGUAACCAUUGAUAAACUUAAGGGCAGGUGGGGGUUCCUGCUGAACAAGUGCAACAAGAAACUGGAUCGAGUGUCAAAUAUUUUCCUAACUUGUUGUGUUUUGCAUAAUUUAUGUGAGCGACACGGGGAUGGCUUUCUGGACAGUUGGCAAAAUGAAGUAAGGAUCGCUAACCAAUCUGGACCGCAUCAACCGGUUGGGAUGUAUUGUGAAGACGAGUGUUCUAGUGAGGGAAUCAGGAAACGAGAUGAGAUAGCGAACAACAUGGAGGCCCCAGAGGUGCUUGAUCAGCGCUCAUGA